CGUUCUCCCCGUGGUGGUCGCGCGGGUGGGUGUAUCGUGGCGUGAUUUAGGUUGUGCCCACGUUUGCACCUGAUCGUCAUCCCGGCGUUACUGGUGACUUCAGAAUUUGCGCCGUGCGCCGUAUGAUCACCAACCAACCGAGAUACACCUCGCCAAUGCCGGCCGGGGCUGCAACAAUAUAGAACGAAGCUGGCAACGGGGCGGACCCGCCGCUGACCCGCCGCUGACCGCACUCUGCAGAGCCGUCUCAGCCGACCGGCACCAUGUCGAACGCACCCAACUGCAAACUGCACUACGGCCAAAGCUUGCGGCUGACGCGGGCCUCCAAGCAGUACAUGUACGACGACACCAGCACCGAGUACCUGGACUGCAUCAGCAACGCCGCGCACGUGGGCCACUGCCACCCUCACGUGGUUUCGCGCGGUCAGCAACAGAUGGCGCGCCUAGUCUGGGCCCAGGGCUUCCUGUGUGACGCGCUCUCGCUGUACCUGAAGGAGCUGACUGACAUGAUGCCCGAGCAGCUGAGCGUCUGCUACCUCGUCAACUCCGGGUCGGAGGCGAACGACCUGGCCCUGAGGCUGGCCCGCAGCUACACUCGUCGGGAGGAUGUCGUCGUGCUGGAGGGGGCGUACCACGGCAACGUGGGCAGCGUGGCCGAGAUCAGCCCGAGGCUGUUCGCCAGGUCUCGCUGCAGUCGGAAGGAGUACGUGCACGUGGCGCCGCUGCCAGACACGUACCGCGGCCUGUACCGCGAGGACGAGCCGCAGCCAGGCGCCAAGUACGCAGCACACGUGGAGCGGCUGCUGGACACGGCGCAGGCCCGAGGCCGCUCAGUGGCCGCCUUCGUCUCCGAGUGCAUCAUCACCAGCUGCGGCAUGGUCGUGCCGCCGUCAGACUACUUCAGCAAGGUGUACAGCCUGGUGCGAUCUCGGGGCGGUGUCUGCAUCAUGGACGAGGUCCAGACCGCCCUCGGGCGGAUAGGCACGCACACGUGGGCUUUCGAAUCGUACGGCGUAGUGCCGGAUAUCCUGACGCUGGGAAAGACUCUGGGGAACGGUCAUCCCAUGUCGGCCGUGGUCACCCGCCGCGACAUCGCCGACUGUAUGAGCGACUACUACUCCACGUUCGGUGGUAACCCCGUGUCGUGCACGGUGGGUCUGGCGGUGCUGGAGGUGAUGCGGAACGAGCAGCUGAUGACGGCGGCUACCAACGUGGGCCGACACCUGAAGGACGGUCUCACCCAGCUGACGCUGAAGCACUCCUGCAUCGGCUGAAGGACGCGCGCAUCAUCACGGCCACGUUGGCGCCCGACGACAACGUGCUCCAGCUGACGCCGCCCAUGUGCUUCACCAUGUCGAACGCGCGCACCUUCGUGACGACUCUGGAGCGGGUGCUGAACGACCUGGCGAGCAGCGCGCCGUGCCAGAGCGGCAGCAACGGGUCAGUGUCGGGCCGCUCUGGUCCAGAGACGGUCGAGGAGCUGAUGGCGGGAGAGCCGUUGGACGCGGCCUGCUCGUCGGCGCACGGCUCCACCCAGGCCCAGGCCGACGCCGACGCUGUCGAGGAGCAGGAGCUCGCCGCCAAGCGACGCCGCGUCUACGAGGAGGUCGACUAGGCCGCGCAACCGGACCAGGCUGCACUGCUGGAUGCGUAAAGAUGUGGACUAGACAGCCGAGCUGGACCAGGGUACACCGCCGGACGUGUGAGAUGUGGACUAGGGAACCGCCGGACUUUGAGGUGGUCCGUCUACUGGCUGUGUAUGAUGCGAAAGACCUGGGCGUCAUCGGCGUCCCCAGGGGAGGGCAGGGGUGGACGAACGCGCCGCCUGGCCACGCGCCGGGCUGAAGACCCGUAAGAGCGGACCGAGGGCUUGGGAGUGAAGCCAGAUACCCGGCGAGACGGCCACGGGCAAGGUUGGUGGGGUCUGUGAGCAGGGAGAGGGGAGGGCUGGUUCAGCGCGCGGCCCUGGUCGGGCCGGCAUGUGGCCGUCUGGACAUCGGACGCCGCGGCAUAGGCCGGGCUCGCCCCCAGAAGCCGCCACUGUCUUAUAAAGACGGGGCGCGGGCCGGCCCCUGCCGAAGCUCCGUUGUCUUGGCGGGGCUCUGCAGAGGCCCCGGCGUCUGGGCCGGGCCCUGCCGAGGCUCUGGCGUCUGGACCGGGCUCUGCCCAGACUCCGGUGUCCCGGGGGCCGUGUCUGCUGGUGCUCCUCUCGCGCCUCUGACAUGCCCAGACGCGGCGCUCAGGGCUCAGACGGGGCCGGCGCGGACGGGUCCACAUUAGGCAUGGACGGGUCCACAUCAGGCGUGGACGGGUCCACAUCAAGCGCGGACGGGUCGACAUCAUGCGUGGACGGGUUCACAUCAUGCGUGGACGGGUCCACAUCAGGCGUUGUCGGGUCCACAUCAAGCGUGGACGGGUCCACAUCAGGCGUUGUCGGGUCCACAUCAGGCGUGGACGGGUCCACAUCAGGCGUGGACGGGUCGCUAAAGCGGGUGACACCCGGGCUGUGAUUGGGCGUGCGGGCGGCGCCGGUGACGGGUGGCCGCGGGCGCGUGUGGCGGUCGCCGGCACGGUCCCGGACGCGGGACGCGUGCCGGGGGACCUCCCGUGAUAUCAUGUUAACAAGCGCCGGGACUAGUACGCCCGGCGCGGUACCACUAACCACGCUAGUGUUCUGCCACCACCCGUGUUGUGCCCAUAACCCAGGAGCGGAAUCAAACUGCGCUUUGGCGGAGAUCGCGAACACCUAAAGGGUGUCGAGUGAUAGUUAACGGUUGUUGUGCACAAGUGAUGUAUUUAGAGAAGGAACUCAAAAAGGUUGAAAUUGUAGUUUCUCUGUGGUUUGAUGACAUUUUGUUCAGCGUUGUAAAAGACUGAGGACGUUAGGAAGUCUAGGGAACAAAGUAGGAGAUGGUAAGCUGUUUCGUUAUGUAUCGCAUAGGAGCUCUGGGAUACCCAGCAUUCUGGUCGUCUUGCCUUGUACAGGCCACGUUGUUUUGAUGCGAAUGAGUGCCGUCAGACGGUGACCAUCCAGCGCGCAGCAGGGUUGGCGCAACAGGUUUUUUUGAAGCGCGGAUUUCCUGAGAAGUAUUUCUAUAUGCGUGACUAACUGCGUAACCUCUACCAGCGCCGACUGGCGGCAUGCAGUCAUUGCCUUAUUCUGUGACCUCGGUGGUCGCGAACCGUAUGAACCCUGGGUGCGGUCCUUCAAGGGGUCAAGCGGGCAGCGAUUUAUGCGGCAGGUAGCCCGCACUGUCGAGCGCGUGGCCUCAUCCCC